AUGACUCAAGAUAAAUUGGGUCCUUUAGUUCCACCUUUACGUUUUGCUGCUCUCCAGCCACGUCUUUAUAGAGGGUCGUAUCCUCGACAGAUAAACUACCGUUUUCUCAAAAGAUUAGGAUUGAAAUACAUAGUCUCAUUAACUCCUGACCCAAUAACCCCUGAAAAUGAUAAAGAAUUUUAUGAAUUUGCACAAGAGAACAAUAUUCAAUUGGUCCAUAUAGAAUGUGGUAAAGAAGGCGGUAAAAGAAAGAAGCGUGGUGUUCCAAUAGGCUAUUCAGCAGUUGUUAAAGCUUUGGAAUUGAUGAUUAAUGUUGAUUACUCGCCACUUUAUGUCCACUGCUUAAAUGGAGGGCAGGUUUCAUCAUUGGCUAUCGCUUGCUUGAGAAAACUUUCAUUCUGGUCUUCAGUUACAAUCUUUAAUGAGUUUCUGGUUUAUACAAACUCAAUCAACUUGCAUGAUCGGACCUUUAUUGAGAAUUUUAUAGCAGAAAUCAAUGUUCCAGAACAUAAAGUUAAUUGGAUUUGGACUGGGCUGUCAAAAGAUAUAAUCGGAAGUCAUCCUACAUUGAAAUUUGUCAAUACAAAUGAUAAAAAGUAUUCAGAUAUUAGUUAG